ACUAAAUAUGGAAACCCUGUUCCUGUUAUAAAAAGGACCAAAUGGAAUUUACUUAUUAAACAAUCAAAACGAAGCCCAUCUUCCCGAGCUGGAGAAUAUGAUUGAGAAUGGCUUCCAAGCUCACUCCCAAGCUCUUCGCGUGGCUCUUUCUUCCUGCAUUCAUCCUCAUCGUCCUCUACUCAGCAUUCCUUCCUCUCCAGGCUCCCUCCUCGCGCGAUUCGAACCCGGAGCUUCGGGUUCCAUCUCCGUGCAAUCCGUAUAAAGGGAAAUGGGUGCUCGACCCGGCCCGGAAACCCAUGUACGACGAGACGUGCCCGUUCCACAGAAGCGCCUGGAACUGCCUUAGGAACCAGAGGGCGAACAUGGAUCGGAUCAAUUCAUGGAGGUGGGCGCCGGAAGGAUGCGAUUUGCGUCGGGUCGACCCGGCUGAGUUCCUGGGUCUGAUGAGGAACCGGAACUUAGGGUUCGUGGGGGACUCUCUGAGCGAGAAUUUCUUGGUCUCGUUCCUGUGCAUACUGAGAGCGGCUGAUGAGGGCGCGAAGAAGUGGAAGAGGAGAGGGGCUUGGAGAGGGGCAUAUUUCCCUAAAUUCAAUGUCACCGUCGGCUAUCAUCGGGCUGUCCUCCUUGCAAAAUAUGGGAAGGUGAACGAGGCCUGUUCUAUUAAUGAAGAUGGACGAAAGGGAACAUAUCGAGUAGAUGUUGAUAUUCCAGCAGAUGAUUGGGCACACAUUGAUGGAUUUUAUGAUGUUCUAGUAUUCAACACAGGCCAUUGGUGGGGCUAUGAUAAAUUUCCAAAAAAGACCCCUCUUGUAUUUUACAAGGCAGGUCGGCCCAUACAGCCUCCCCUGGAAUUGUUGGAUGGUUUUAAGGUUGUUGUGGAGAAUAUGGUUGCUCAUAUAGAAAAACAGUUCCCCAAAACACUUAAGUUCUGGCGUUUGCAAUCUCCAAGGCAUUUCCAUGGGGGUGAUUGGAACCAGAAUGGCAGCUGUGUUUUCAGUGAGCCACUUGACAAAUCUCAGCUGGACUUGUGGUUUGAUCCCAGAAAUGAGGGAGUGAACAAGGAAUCCAGAAAGUUGAAUGGUGUGAUUAAGGAGGCGAUAGAUGGGUCACCGAGUAUAAGAAUACUUGAUCUGAGUCACCUGAGUGAGUUCCGGGCAGAUGCCCAUCCCGCGAUUUGGUUGGGCAAGAAGGACGCCGUGUCUGUUUGGGGUCAGGACUGUCUGCACUGGUGCCUGCCCGGACUUCCAGACACUUGGGUUGAUAUAUUGGCACAACAGAUUGAUUCAUCAUUGUAGUUUAUGCUCUUGAACUUCCCUGUGCUUUGGGUGCUCUUAACCGAUUCAUUCAUCAUUGUAGCAUGGAGGAGAAUGGCUGUUGAUUUAUUGCCACACAGGUCUGCAAGUUCAUGUUUUACUGAAACCAGACUCAAAGGUGCUCUUGUUUCGGCGUUUAAGGGUCCGUUUGGCACCCGCAGAAUGUUAGGGAAGGAAAACAAGAAGGAAGAUGAGUGGGAACUGGGAAAUUUGGAGGGAUUUUCUUUUUCUUUUUUUUUUCUGGGAAGAAAAAUGUUUUUGCUUUCUUUUUUCUGGGAAGAAAAUGAAAAGUUGAUUCAAUUCCUAUAAAUCAGUUAUACAUUUGUUCAAACUCAUUUUAUUUGUAGACUUCAAUCGUAUUGACCAUCAGGG